UCGACUCUUUGACGAUUGUCGAUUAUUGUUUCGGCCGCCAACCGCGAUCCAAAUCAAAAAUUACAGCACAGUCGCCUCGAAGAAGUGAUAAAACAUGACAGCGAAUAGUGGCCUGUGAUUGGUCUGAGCGUGCAUGAAAAAAGACGAUCGGGAUUCUUAUUGUCUCCGUCCAGAGCCGUCUUGACGGGUGUCAGUUCAUGAUAUGAACACCGGGCAAGUGUGCCGCGUCUAGCCUCGACGAUGAGGUCCAAGUCUGUCGCCAGAAGGGUCACCGCUCAAGAAGGCAGCGAAGAUGAACUAGAAGUCUCCGAGCAGCCUGAAGACACCCACAUGGACGCGGUAAUGGUCCCGCCCCAGCACGAAACCUUCACCGACUUCUCCUCCAACAACAACCUCGACGACCCUCCCAGCAAGCUCAGCCUCAAGCCCGCCGACCAACUCUUCUGUGAUGAAACCCUCAAGGCCUUCAACGGCGCCACAGACCUGGUGUACUCCAGAUGCCGCGAAGCGAUCCCGGCCUCCGGGGUCGUCCCCUGCGAGAUCGAGCUCAAGGACGGGGUCUUCGCCAAGGGCGUCAUCCCCAAGGGCACCCGCUACGGCCCGUUCAAGGGCAAGUGGGCCGGCGUCCCGCAGGAUGUGCGCUUCGCCUGGGAGGUCGUCGCCGGCUCCGGAGUCCGGGGAUGGCUGGACGGCUCCGGGGAGAGCCAGAACUGGCUCAAACUGAUCCGAAGUUGCGAUAAAAGCUCAGCGAAUAUGCGGUAUUAUCUCCAAGGAGGACAACUGUGGUACGAAACCUGCGUGGACAUUCCCAACGGGGCCGAGCUGAUCAUGGGCCCUCGGGAGCCGCUCAACCUGCAGGACAUGUUCAGCGACUCGGUCUCGGCCGACGAAAAGUCCGAUCGGGAAACAGCGUCGCAGCACAGUGGUACGGUGGACGAGCGUGAAGACGACGACGAAGACGAGUCCGAAACGCGCUGUUGCGUGUGCGACCAGCCCUUCACCGACGUAGAUAAAUUAGACGACCAUCUCAUCGUCAAGCACAACUACCGCAAGGAUGAGUACCGGUGCGACCUCUGCCCUAAAGCCUACUCCCAUCGUCCUUGCCUCAUAAAGCACCGGUCGGUGAGCCACGGCGAGCACCGGAAGUACCAUUGCGAGAACUGCCCCAAGGUGAGCCUUGCAAUGCAUUGGAGAGCCGGUCUAAGUGCGAAUUUUCAGGUAUUUACAGACCCCAGCAAUCUCCAGAGACACAUAAGAAUCCACCACGUGGGUGCCCGGUCCCAUGCGUGCCCAGAAUGCGGAAAGACUUUCGCAACAUCGUCGGGACUUAAACAACACACGCAUAUCCACUCGAGUGUGAAGCCCUUUCAGUGCGAAGUGUGCUUUAAGGCGUACACGCAAUUCUCGAACUUGUGCCGCCACAAACGGAUGCAUGCCGACUGUCGCAUGCAAAUAAAAUGCGUCAAGUGUGGGCAGUCGUUCUCGACGGUGACUUCUCUAUCGAAACAUAAACGAUUUUGUGAUUCCACAACACCAACUCCUUCGCUAAGCUCCCAGCAGAAUUUGCCCAUGGGGAGUAAUAACCCGUUCUCGAUGUAUAACACGCCGGCUUGCCCUCUCCCGUUUUUCCCAACUCACUUUUCCCCCUACCCGCCCAUUUUCCCACCGUCGGGACACCACCCAUCGUUCAUUAACCCGCUCCUGUUCAACCCCAUCCCGAAAUUGAAGAGUGAGGAAGAGCAGGACGGGCCGAAAAAACUGAGAUUGGUGAGUCCGGACCGGUUUUCCCCAGUCAAGGAGCACUUCACCCCGCCGCGAGUCCCGUCAAUUUCGGCCAAGAUUAGCCCACCAACCGCCGAAGAAGCUAAUUUGACGCCAUCGCCAGCGAGACCCAACCACAUCCUGUCGAAUCCACGGGACCAACUCAAUCAGUCUGACGACCACGAUUUCCCGAAAGACUUGUCCCGAAGCACCGAAAGUAAAACCCCCCAGUCUGUCAGUAGUGAAGAGGGUGACCAACCCCUUGACUUGAGCCUCGGUUGGAAGAAAACCCGCACCGAGAAACCCCAAAUCAAGCACGAAAUCCGCGAUUUGCUCCCCAAACCCAAGGAAGAGAAAAUCGAAGUCGUGGACUUGGAGGAGGACAAGAAGGAGGUGUUGUCCACCCCCCCGAUGGCCUACCCCCGGCCCAUCCACCCCAUGUUCUUGGAAAUGUACCGGCCGAACUUCCAGUUGCAGAACAACGACCGGUUACUACCCCCAGCGUUCGGCCCCCGGUUUCCUUUCUUAAACUCGUUGCCGUCACACAGGAUUGACUUGCUGCGGCCUGGGCUCCAGAACUUCAGCUCGAAGCCGUUUCAUGACAUGAUCCAGCAGCAAGCCCAGGGGAAGAUGAAGGACCGGUACGCUUGCAAAUUCUGCGGCAAGGUGUUCCCCCGGUCCGCGAACCUGACCCGGCACUUGCGGACGCACACGGGGGAGCAGCCCUACAAGUGCCGCUAUUGUGAGCGCUCUUUCAGCAUCUCGAGCAAUCUGCAGCGGCACGUGAGGAACAUUCACAACAAAGAGAAGCCCUUCAAGUGUCCGCUGUGCGAGAGGUGUUUCGGCCAACAAACCAAUUUAGAUCGGCAUCUGAAGAAGCACGAGGCGGACGACGGGAGCGGAGGAGUGGCCGUGGCGGACUCGCCCGGGAGCAGCAACGAGAACGAGCGGGAGGACGCGUGUUUUGACGAGAUCCGCUCCUUCAUGGGGAAGGUGACGUACGCUGGGGGCGACCCCUACAACCAGACCCGGAUCUACACGCCGCCCUCGCACAGCGUGAUCGACGUGGUGGGGAAGGACGAGGAGGACUCGGAGACGUACUCGGAGGAGGCGCCCCUGGAGGAGUUCGCAGCGAAUAAGAUCGAGGACGAAGUGCUGAACAACAACGAUCAGACUAUAAAAGUUUCCACUUAGUGAUAAGCUUGACUCAAAUAACUGUGUUAUGCAUCAACGUAAUUUAGGUGUAGUUAGUGUUAUUUAUUGUACAUACGGAGACUUGUUCGAGUCAAAAAUUAUAACUUUUUAAAGUUCCUACACGAAUUUUGUCAAUUUGUCUGAACACUUUGCACGGAAUUAAGCAAUUGUAGCACUUUUCUUUUCACACUCCUUCAGAUGUAAUAAUUGUAAGUUGUAUUGUACAUAGAGUGGUGCAUUUGUGUGACUCCCGUUGUUGUUUGUACAUAUCUAGGAGAAUUUUUUGUUGCUUCAGUUCGAUUAACAAAAAUGUACCAUAGGGAAAUUAUUUCACUCAUAGGUGAGCCAAUUCAGCCAAAGCUACGCUAAUUUUGUACAAAACAAUCUUCACUUAUUAGUAAUAAACGUACUAGUUUAUAGUUUGUUGAUAGUUUAUUAUACUCAUUUAAAUCACUCAUAUACUAGACACCUAUAUCACAAUGUAAAAUAAAUUAAUAAAUUUAUUACCAUGA